GUGCUUUGGAGCUCAUUAACUGUAAUAAUUGUUAACAAAGUGGCUAAAGAUUGAGAAAGAUGUACAGGUUCGCAAGUGCUUGCGUAACCGCUUCGUGAAUUUAGCCCCAGGAGUUGGUGACAAAAUCUGGAACUGGUAAACCCUACCAGUAGUUGGUGACAGAAUGUAAAUUGGUAACUGUUUCUAUUAAUCCCUCACCACUACACCUCACACCAUUGUCUGUGAUAUAUUUUUACACAAGUAUAGUAUGUUAGGCAAACUUUUGAAUGCUGUAAUAUGCCAAGAUCCAUAUAGGCCAGGGGCUAUGCUUAGUUCAGAUUGAUUGGAUAUAUGCCUAGAGAGGGGUGGAGUUUUCUAUAGCAGGAGAGUGGGUGGAGCCCAUACUUCCUUGAAGCAUAUGAGACAAAAGACAGUUAGUGUGAUCUUGCAGCCCAUCCUCCUGUUGUGGUAGUACUUAUAGUAACGAUGAGGACCAUAGUAUAUAUGACGACGUACAAUGAAAUUAGAGAGUAGAAAUCGGCACCAUUGAGUUGUACAAACCGGAAAACUAUUUUCUACUUAUGUUGCGAAUACAAACUAACCUAACCUAACCUUCCUAGGCCUAAUACGCGAUAUCUGAGGCUUAAUAUAGUACAUAUGUGUGCUAUACUAGGCCUAGGACUAUUUAAGUUUCUUUUUUAGCUUCAUUUUUUCUAACUAUAAAGUGAAUAGUACAAAGUUCUACUAUUUAAUUGCUUAGAAUGGCAAUCUUUGUACUACGGUGCACAUUGUUACGAAAACUAUCUGAACAGGAGAAUGGGUUGGAUCUUGAGAGGGGAUGGGAGGGCGGGGUGGUCUACCACGGAGCCUACAAAAUUGACUGGGCUGAGGAAGCAGUUGAUAAAGGUAAUUGUCUGAGUUCCCUGUACAAUUAGUAGUCUAUUACGAUGCCUCUUAAGGAUAGCAUGUCACUAGCUUAGAGAUUGAUUAAUUUGCAUCAGUGAGUAAAGUUACUGUAAAUUAUUCUCCUGAUAUUUUAUAUAUUUUCCCUUAAUUAAUUCUGAGAGUUGGAUCUUAAAUUGUUUAUAAGUAACCUUAUCUUCCAUCUGGUUUGUAAGAAUUGUAAAGAUAUUUUUAACAUCUUGGUCAUUUCUCCCCCUCCUCCCCCCUGUUAACUGGAUGAGCAUUUUCUGCUGCAAGGGCAGACUCUUCCAGUUAUUUGGGGUUAUAUCAGUGCAAUUAUUGCAGUCUAAAGAGUUACAUAAAAGUUAAAGCAACCAUUACAGUGAGUGUUACCAUAGUUGUACAAUAACAACAGUACUUUGUUAUCAUAAAGGUUACAGUGGUAGCUGCAGUGUUUGUGGCAAAUGUUACAAUGGCAACAUUUCCCUCCAGUGUUACAAUGCAUACAAACAUUAUUACACACACUCCUGGAAGUAUACACUAUAAAUUUAAAUGUCAUCCAAAUGACGUAGUGCCAAGUCCUUAUUUGGUGGUGCGUCACAUUAUCUCAGUGCUGCUUCAGCUGCUCUCCAAGCAGCACUCGUGCUCCCUCGCUCCACACAUUAGACACUUUGGAAAGUUGCUCAAUGUCAGCAAGGUGGCUGCUGUACCUCUCACUCUUGUGGGCUCUCGAUGCAUCUAGUGUUACACAGCAGCCCAAGAAACGGAAGUCUUGCGUGAAGGAGAUCAGCAUCACAGAGAACAACAGUACCUUCACCUCUGGCUUCUGGUACAGGUUGCACCUACUGGAGGAGCCGAGAUGUUCCUUAGAAAACAAGACAUGGAAGGCAAGACUUUUGAGCUGCAAAGAUAAUAAAGAAGUUGGAACAUUCAAAUUGAAGGAGGUCUCGGGUUUCUUGUGUGCAGUAGCAGGGUGUCAGGUGCUGGAGGUCAGACACACCUUGUCCAAGCAGGUCCUGGGACACGAUGACCACAUCUCGGUAGAAGUCUUCUUCGAUUUAUUUGACGUCACAGGUUUGAAACUUGCUCUGAGAUCAGACUCCCGAGUACGAUCUUGGGAUGUGACUAUACUACAGUGCCGCUCUGAAGAUGAAUUCAAUCUUCAGCAGUGUAAAGAGACGAUUAAGACAGAUAUUGGGAACAGCACAUUUUUGGAGCUUCAAGAGCAGUUCCUUGCUAACAAAUGUUACUACUUUCAUCUCCGCCCCAAUGGCUAUAAUUGCACGCUGCUGGCUGGAGUGAAUCUUAUUCAAGCUCCGAAUGGAUGUCAUCCAAGUAUCAUCAACCCAACUGAACUUGCUCAUCCAAUACGUGAGAACGCACUGGAGGGAAUGGUGGUGGUGAUGCCGCUGGUGACGGUGGUGGUUGUGGUGGCAGCAGUGGUGAUGGCGGGUGUCACCUCUGUUGUUUACAAGAGACGAUGCUGGCAUUCUGCUUCUGUAGGUAUUGGAGUUGUUGUGAGGGGUGGGGCAGAGAAUAAGCCACAAGUGCUUGUGUUACGAGCCAGGGACUCGACACCUUCCACACACGAUGGUUCAGACUUCGUUACACAGCUGAGAGCACGUCUCCAGUGUCAGGUAUAUGAUGUCUUGGAAGGAAAUGGUAUGGAAAUGAUAGCCGACCCGAGCCAGUGGCUGCUGCAGACAAUGUCGACCUCCUCCAAAGUGAAAGUGGUACUGCUAUUAUCCCCAGCAGUAUUAGACCUAUUUCACACAUUAUUGGAAGAUGAGGCAGCACUGGAGGUGAGCAGUGUGGACACAGACUUCAGGACGAGACUUGUAGUUGCAGGACUAAAGCGUCUGCUGGAGUGCGACUUGGUGUACAACUACAGUCGAGUGUUUGUGAUCAGUUUUAUGGAAGUGGAAAAGAAUUCUGGUGCUGACCUUCUUGCAAGUUGUCGGCGUUAUUGCCUACCUCAACAUUGGCCAGAGCUCGUGCUAGCUCUUACAGGAGAUCAAGACAUCUGAAGUAUAUUGACAGGAUACAGAUGAUGAGUCUUGUCAAAUACAAGAUGCAUUGUGCUUCUAAUAAACUGCCCACUGAAGAUUUUAACUUCUAAAAUGUCUGAGAAACUUAUCACCACAUGACAAGUCCUAGCAAGAUUUGCCUGCUGCCCAUCUCAAGUUUCUGCAACAAAGUGUAUUGCUAGAUACAAGGCAGCAUUUAAAGCCUUGUCAAACUUAAAAUAGCAAAUAAAAGUAAAGAAAAAAUGA